AUUAAUCCUUUUUUAUGUUUUUUUUUAAUUUAAGGAGUUAUUGGAGGAUUUUAUUUUUAUUUUCAAUCGAGAGAAGUUUUUUUUGUCAAACUACAACCAAUUUAAAUCGUCAUUGAAAGAAGAAAAAGAAACUGCAGUGAUUAGAAAAUAAACUACAAUCAACUACGUUUAAGACCACAAUUGAUUGAAAAUAUUUGUAUUGGAAAUGAUUUAAGAAUCGAUUAGAAACUAGGAGAAAAAGAAGAUGGAAAUUAAAAUUAUUGUGAAUUAAAACUACAGGAUAACAUUUGAAAUUAUGGAUUGGAAAAAUUAUUCCGAUAAAGGAAUUCAUUUUUGGAAAAAAAUAUUAAUUGAAACUACAAAAAAUUAUAAUUACUACUGCUACCAUAAAUUGAGAUAACGAUAUCUGGAAAAUAAAAUUGAUAAAAUGCUAGUGGGAUUACUGUUUGUUGCCUUAACAUCCAUUGUGGAUGCAAAAAUGUACGUGAACAUUUCCGGGGACAUUGUCUUGGGAGCAUUAUUUCCGGUACACCGGAAGGGUUUAAUGGGUCAAAAUUGUGGAAAAAUUCAACCAGAAGAUGGAUUACAACCUUUAGAGGCAAUGCUCUAUACAAUUGAACAAAUUAAUCGGGAUCCAACAAUUUUGCCUGGAAUUCGGUUGGGUGCAAUUAUUUUCGAUUCAUGUGACAAUUCAAACUAUGCAUUAGAACAAACGUUAUAUUUUAUCAAAGGUUUUAUUGCUCAUUUUAAUGAGUAUCAUAUAACACAAUAUGAAUGCAUCGAUGGUAGUGUACCAAAAUUUUUUAAUGGAGGAUUUGAUAAAGUUGUAGCAGUUUUAGCAGCUGCAUCGAGUUCCGUUACUUUACAGAUUGCUUCGAUAUUGAGAUUAUUUUCAGUGCCACAAAUUUCUUAUAUGGCGACAUCGCCGUCUUUAAGUAAUAAGGAAAAAUUUCCACAUUUUUUUCGCACAGUUCCCUCCGAUGUAAAUCAAGCACACGCAAUGCUGGAAAUUUUAAAACAAUUCGAGUGGACUUACGUUUCCGUUGUUUAUUCAGACACCGAAUACGGAAAUCGUGGUUUUGAAACAUUAAUUUCAUUAGCGAGUAAAUAUUCAAUAUGCUUUAGUGCCCCACAAAAAAUUGAUAAAGAACGAUUUACAACUGAAGAUUAUGAUAAUGUGAUAAGAAUUAUUUCCAGUAAAACAGAAGUCAGAGUUGUAGUUCUGUUUGCUGAAAAGGUUACGACUCUAAAAGUUCUUGAUUCAGCAAAAAGACUCGAUGUUGGUGAGAGAUAUGUUUGGAUUGGAAGUGACGCCUGGUCCAAUUCAAAUCAUCGAGAAUUUUUAAAUCCUGAUGACAGUCAAGAUGAAGAGCAAAUUGUUCUUGAAGGUGCUCUCGCUGUUUUACCACUUAAUAGACAAUUGUACGGAUUUGAUGAAUAUUUCAUGAAUUUAACUCUCGAGCAUGAAGAAAUUAAUCCUUGGUUUCGUGAAUUUUGGUGGGAAUUUCACAAGUGUGGAAAAAAAGUCAAUGUAACUAAUCAAAUUUUAAAUCAACAUAAAAUUGAGAAAAAUUGUGAAAAUCCGGAAUUAAAAAUUAAUCCUCAAAAUGGAUAUAAACAACAAAGAUUUUUACAUUUUGUACGAGAUGCUGUUUAUUCUGUUGCAUAUGCGUUACACGAUUUACAUAUUGAAAAAUGUGGAAAGAAUUUUAGAGGAUUAUGUUCAUCGCAUAUUGAUGGAGAGACUUUGUUAACAUAUUUAAACAAUGUUUCAUUUAAAGAUGAAGCUGGAAAUAAUUUUCGAUUUAUAAAUAAUGUCGAUGGUCCACCAAGAUAUUCAAUAUUAAAUUAUCAAAAGGAUUCGAAUGGCUCACAUCGUUGGCUCGUUGUUGGAAAUUAUACUCAAAGUGAUAAGGGUGAACCAAUUUUGCAUUUGGAUAGAAAAAUAAUGAAAUAUCGAUAUCAAGAACGUGGUGGACGAAGAUAUUUUCCAAAUUCAACAUGUUCACGGCCAUGUUUACCAAAUGAAGUUAAAGUUCGUGUGAAACAGGAUAUUUGUUGUUGGAGAUGUAGAAAUUGUGGUCGUUAUCAAUUUAAAUUGGAUGAUCACAGAUGUGAGGAUUGUGAGCCAGGUACACGUCCAACGAAUGAUAAAAUGUAUUGCGUUGAAAUCCCAGUUGAAUAUGUUGAUUAUUCAAGUCCAUGGGCUGUUGCAACUAUGGCUGUUGCUAGUUGUGGUAUUCUUUUGAAUAUUUUCAUUUUUCGAAUCUUCUGGAUUUAUAGAGAAACGCCAAUAAUUAAAGCCUCGGGAAGAGAACUUUCUUCUCUUCUAUUAAUUGGAACAUUAAUUUCAUUUUUAAUGACUUUUGUCGUUGUCGCAAAACCAAGUGAAGAAACAUGUGCACUCACAAGAUUUGGUAUUGGCUUUUGUUACAGUUUAUGCUAUGGAGCUCUUGUUACAAAAACAAAUAGAAUUCAUCGAAUUUUCAAUAGUACUACUCAUAAUCCUCACAACAAGCCAAGAUACACAAGUCCAAAUUCGCAAUUAAUUAUCACAGGACUUUUCACACUUGUCGAGGUAAUUAUUAAUAGUGUUUGGUUGAUAAAAUUACCGCCAACUGUAACGCACGUAUUUCCAACGAGAGAAACUAGACUGAGAAUUUGCCAAGGUUUAGAUGAUAGCUCCUACAUGGUGGGUUUAAUUUACCCCUUCAUUUUAAUUGUUCUGUGUACAUUUUACGCUGUGAAAACAAGAAAAUGUCCAGAAGGAUUUAAUGAAACUCGACUCAUUGGCUUUACAAAUUAUACAACCAUGAUUUUAUGGUUGGCCUUUGUACCUCUUUAUCUCGCAUCAACAAGUAAUGCUCUCAGAGUUAUCACUUUAGCGAUUUCUAUAUCCUUAAGUGGAUUAGUUCAACUCGCGUGUUUCUUCUUCCCCAAGGUUUAUAUUGUUCUCAUGAAACCGGAAAAAAAUACUAAGGAACUCGUUAUGUCACAGCACAGAAGUUCCCCUUAUUUACAAACAUCAUCGGCGCCAAUUGUUAUCACAACCGAAAGAACGAAAACUGCGUCCAAGGAUUUGGAAAUUUCUUCUACUGAACCAACUUAAUAAAAAUUAAUAAAACAAUGUGAAAAUUGUUUUAAAAAAAAAUAGUGAAUUUCAACUACAGCAAACCAAAGAAUGUGUAAAUAAAUUAUUAUUACAUAAACGUAAGUUGAUAAAUGACAAAUUAAAGGAGAAGCAUUAAAAAUGCAGUUUUUUUUUUUUUGAUAAAACAUUAGAUUUCUUUUUAUAUUCCAUUCAAGAAUAAACACUAAGACAUCAGUAUUUUACAGGUCUAUAGAGUAACUAUCAGAUAAAAUCGAUAAAUUCGAAAUACUCGUACAAGAACGAAUUUAUUAAUGACUGAUUAAAAUUAUUUUAUUUGGAAACGGCGAAAAUAGAUUAUAUUAGAAAAAAAAAAAGAAACACUUAAAAUUUUUUUUAAAAAAUAUCUCUUAACAAAUUUUUUGUUUUAUUAUUAAAGCUAAUAAUUUAUUAAAUAGUAAAUUUGAAAAAUAAAGUUUUCUAGAAAAAA